ACUUACUUUAGCAAGAGCUAUACAUAAGAAUAGUAUUAAAAUGUUAUAUACGACGAAAUGGCAGAAAAAGUCUUGGAACAACUUCGGAUUAAACUGAAGGAAGGUUUGACCGAGGCCGUCAUCAAAAAUUUGUUGGAUGAUCUUCGGGUCAAGAAGGUGCUAGGAAAUGAGGAGAUUGAAGAAAUAGUGCAGAAGACCAAACCGCGAGCCGAUCAAGCUCGAGAUCUGAUUGAUGGUGUGAGCAGAAAGGGGACAAAAGCAAGUGAAAUUAUGUUAGCAUGCUUGAAGGACAGAGACAACUGUCUUUCCGACAACCUAAACAUAGACAGCCAUUUAGCAAUUCCUGAAAGAGGAGCGACCUGUAGCCCUGCACCAGCGCCACACAGUACAACAGACAAACAAAGCAAUUUGGUCAGUGGAGAUGAGGAGUACAAAAUGGACAGUAAUCCACGUGGACUGUGUGUAAUUAUUAAUAACGAGAACUUUGUAGACCCAGAAAAUAAACGAAACGGAUCCCAAAAUGAUGUUGAUUCUCUGAAGGCCAUAUUUGAAUUUUUGGUCUUUCUGGUUGAAGUCAAGACAGACAAAACUGCAGAUCAAAUAAAAGCGCUUAUGGCCAAAUACAGUAAAGAUGCUCGUCAUGGAGACUGCUUUGUCUGUUGCGUAAUGAGUCAUGGAAAUAAGAGUGGUGUCGAGGGAUGUGAUGAGCAAAUAUGUCCCCUGAAUGACAUCACCUCCCCAUUUGAUGGAGACAACUGUCCCGCUCUCAUUGGCAAACCGAAAGUGUUCUUUAUCCAGGCAUGCAGAGGAUGUGGGAUGCAGAGUAAAGUGCUGGUUACAGAUGGUGCUGGUGCCAGUCGUAUCCAGAAAUCUGGCAAAGUAUACAGCAUUGCCAAAGAUUCUGAUUUUCUGAUUGCCCUGUCCACUGUGGAGGGAUAUGUGUCACUCCGCGAUGAAUACAGUGGAUCAUGGUUUAUACAGUCCCUUUGCAAGCAUUUAAAAGAAGGAAGUAAACGAGACCAGGACAUCUUGAGGAUCCUCACUAAUGUCAAUAACGAUGUAAGCCGUGAAGAGGGCAUUAUAGAAGAUGAGAACAAUGAUAUAGUAGAUGCAAAGAUGACCCCUCAGCCCCAAUUCACCCUGAGGAAGCUUCUUAUUUUCAAAGCACCGAAGGGUCAGGCUGCUGCUUCUACACAGAAGAAAACAGGCUGAACAUCCUCAUCUUUCACCUGAAGAGGAAAUCUUGCCAUUAAUAUUCUAGAGAAGUCUAUAGUAUUCAUCUAUGUUUCCCCAUAUUUGUUAUAUUGGAUUUUAGAAUAUGUGUACCACAGGAAAGUGGACCUUGAGGGCCAGAGUUGAGAGCCCCUGUUUUACAGGAUCAGGAUCAUUUCAUUUAAGACAUCUGUGUUUAAUCACAGCUUUCUUUAAUUUCUUUAAUAAAUUACAUCAAAUUCUCUUACACUGCUUUUGAACUGUUUUGGCUGUCGACUAAAAUCACCUACACUUAUAAUAACAGGACUGAAUCCUAUAAUUCACAUAUGUUAUGUACUUUAAUUUACAGUAAACAUUUC